AUACCGAAAGCAAGAGAAAUGCAUAGGCCGCCUCACUCUUCCGGUUGGUUCCGGUGAGCCAAUAGCAUUGUGGCACACACUUGAGGAAGAGAGCUGAAACUAAACCCCGCCUCUGGGGCGCAGCCUGCAGUGCUCCAGGACUGUUUCUCCUCACAAGGCUCACGGCGGCUUUGGCUUGACGACCGACUCUCUUACCUGUACUUAACCAUCUUCUUUUGGCGCCAAAUAAGAUAGCCAUUUCAGAACCUGAAUUGCAUCCUAGGUGCCGCCAAUACCUGGGACGACUCGCUCAAAGGAAACCUCCAGUCCGAGCACCCUCUCUGCCAUGGGCGAGCCCUUAGCUAGACGAGUGAACGUCUUGGAGGAAGUCAGGGAUGCUCUUCUCUUCUCCCCAAGCCCUGCUCAGCGAUCCGUAUCCAAGUCCUUCAACGACAUACCCACGUAUCUCUUCCGAGUGCAUGGUCCGAGCACAGUAGGAACUACCACCACUCGCCAAGUCAGUUCCCCAGCUUGCGACCAUGGCCUGAACAAAAAAGACCUUUUUCAACUCCAACCAUGGGAGGCUGCCCGGUGUCUGGAGGACCACUUUUGGUGGAACAAGCGCCACGACGAGAAGGGGGAUUGCAACUUCAUGUCCUGGUCGAGCUCUCUCUUGUUCGUCCUCCAGUACGGGCUAUACCGGCAAAGCAAGGACAGGCGGGAGGGCAGAGACACAUGCCUUUCGCAGGUAUAUCUGCUUGUUCUCGACACCCGGAAGUUCCCCAAAGGCACAUUCAUCAAGGACUUGGACGCAAUCGAAGCCUUCCAUGGAUACGACAAGAACCUAGCACGGAUGAAGGCUAUGCGCACAGAGUACAAGGACAAGGACAACUCAGACGUGUAUUUUUACUAUGGGGAAUACCUUUCCCAGGGACGCCUCGACGUGAGCGGCCGCUGCCGGCAAACUUCAAUGCAGCAACUCAUUGAUGCCGGGCUGUUCAACCUAUGCCCCGAGCUGGCAGACCCUACACGGCGGGAUCAGUGGGCGAAACCAGUCAACACCAUCCGGGAGAAGAUUGUCCAUGGCUUGGCCCUGGCUGCCAACAAGGAGGAAGUUCGCACCGCAAUCACCGUGGCUCAGGCUUGUUUUGGCAGCCUCUGGGCCCUCCCUCUAGCCGUGAUGUUCCUGUCCUUGAGGCCGCGCAAGCCUGACGGCAUAACGAUAUUCGACGGGUUCCGUUCGAUGUUUACCGGUAAGUUAUGCCAGAAGCAGGACUUCCACAAUGCCCGAUGUGGAUAACCGCUUUUCUCAAGAGGCGCCGGCUAACCCACCUACCUACGAUGUAGAUGGGGAGUUGAAGGCGUUUGUUGGGAACAUCAAGAUUGACUCCGAAUACCCACGAAUGCCCGAUGUGAACUUGUACCGAGAGAUCACAACGGCGAUCCAGACUCACGUACGAGAAGCCAACGCUGCGGACACAGGAGACGUGUCUGGGCUGGAGGAUUUCUUACAACACUUGCACCUGUCGGCUGGCCGUUAAGCCGGAGCGACGAGUGCAACAAACUGCUGGUAUUGCGCGACAUCACCUUCGGUUGGCCAAGCUAAAUAUCACUUCCGUUAGCUGUUUUAAGUGAAGUUAUUUGGACGAGAGCAUCAGUUUGACCAUCUGUCUUGAC